AUGGCAGCUUCGAUAAAAUCAAAUUGCCGCAAGCUGACUCUAGAUCGCAGCGACCACAUCGCAGAGCUCAACAACACAAAACCCAAGCAGCCUUUCUUCUUCCUGAAGCCCUCCUCUUCAAUACUCUGCCCUGGCGAAGGUCCAGUCUUGCGCCCCAAAGGCACAAGCCUCCACUAUGAGGUGGAAUUGGCUUUGGUAAUGGGCAAGAAAGUUCGCGACCUCGAUCCAAACGAUGACAAGGGAGCGUUGGAUGCGAUCCAGAGCUACCUCCUCGCCAUUGACAUGACCGCGCGCAAUGUCCAAGAUGAAGCCAAGAAGAAAGGUCUUCCUUGGACUAUCGCAAAGGGUUUCGACACCUUCCUCCCCAUAUCGCAGGAGAUUUUGAAGUCUCAAAUUCCCGAUCCACACAACGCAUUCCUUCGUCUGAGCGUCAACUCGCAGCAGCGUCAGGCUGAUUCCUCAGGGCUGAUGCUGUACCGUAUUCCCAGGUUGCUGGCGGAGAUCUCGCGCGUGAUGACGUUGGAGAAGGGAGAUCUGGUUUUAACGGGGACGCCUAAGGGCGUUGGGGAGGUGAAGAGUGGUGAUGUGAUGAAGGCGUCGAUUGAGGUUGAUGGGAAGGAGAUCGAGCAGGGACGGAUUGAGGUUGAGGUGCAGGAUCGGGAGGGCAGGUACGAGUACUGCGAGACUUAG